AUGUCCAACCCCCCCGUGCCCGUCAGUGGCAAUCGAGGCGAUGCAAAGCCCGACACCAGGCGCCAGUCCGCGUUAUACAAGGUGGUCAUGACUCCGAUCAUCUUCGUAUCCUUCAUUAUAUCUCUUGCCAUUGUCGAUCUGAAGUACUCUAUGCAUCGCUCUCACUAUCACGCCGAAAGACAGCCUAGCAGGCUGCCUCCAUGGCUUCAUCGCAUAGUUUACAAGUAUCGCCCAUAUCACUACACUGCCGUGGACGAGAACGGUAAACCAGUCGAGGAUAUCGACGGCUAUUAUCACAGCAAGCAGCGAAAACUCAUGGCCAUGGAAGCUGAUGACGCCUUUCAGAUGCGGCGUACUGUGGUUGCAAGUCUUGUGCUCGCGGGCAUGGUUGCGAUAUGGGGAGCUUGGUGGGCGUUGAGAUGGGUGUUGGGGAAGGUCUGCUGGGUAUGA